UCGACACACUGGAGGCCCGCGUGACCCAAAACCUCCUCAGAACCCUUCACCGCCAUUCCGGCGGUCUGAUUCACACUUCCCGUUGAGCAUUCUCCGACCCCCCUGAGCUAUGGGGUUCUUCGACCUGAAUAUCCCGUAUGUUGAGUCCGACCGCCAUAUCUCCGACAAGAAGUCGGCGAAGGCCAUGCGCCUCAAGCUCAUUAUCAAGGCCAUGGAGCUGGGCUACACUGGAGUGGCCUACAACCGCACGAUCAAGGGAGUCAUGUCCGAAUCGGAUCGUUGCUCCAUUCCUCUCUUCCCUCUUUCAUCCAUUCUCAAGCUCUCUCCUUCUAUCUCCUCUGCUGCCAAGCUCCACCGCGGCCUCCUAAACGUCCCCAUCUCCUCUCCCUUUCGCCAGUACACUCGCUUGACUGUAACGGUCGAUAGCCCUGCUCAAGCCUCUGUUCUCAAUUCCGGGAACCCAAUUACGAAGAGCUACAACGUCGUCGCGGUAUUGCCGCUCAAUCAGAAUGCUUUCGACCAAGCUUGCCAGAUUUCCGAGGUGGAUAUUAUUACCAUUGACUUCUCCAGAAAGAUGCUAUUUAGGCUGAAGCAACCCAUGGUCCAGGCUGCAGUCCAGCGAGGAGUGUAUUUUGAGAUAACUUACUCAAGUCUUCUCAUUGAUGCUCAAGCAAGGAGGCAGAUGAUAUCUAAUGCCAAGCUAUUGGUCGAUUGGACAAGAGGGAGAAAUAUUAUUCUGACGAGUUCUGCUCCUUCUGUAACUGAAUUCAGAGGGCCAUAUGAUAUAGUGAAUCUGGCAUUCCUGCUAGGUCUCUCCUCUGAACAUGCUAAGGCAGCCAUUUCCAAAAACUGCAGAACUCUUAUGGAAAAUUCUUUAAGAAAGAAGCUGUAUUACAAGGAAGCCAUCAAGGUUGAAGCAAUACCUUCUGCCCAUUCAGUCGAAUCCAAAUUUGACGAUUGGCUUAAAUGGGACCCUAUCUCAAGUGGUGAUGGAGAUUUGUUACUAGAUGACAUUGAUAAAUUAUUCUCAGAUUCCAGCGAUGUAUCACAAAUUGUUAAGCCCAUAGAUUUAACCUCUGCUAUGAAUGGCCUUCCCUCACACGGUCUCGAGAUACGAGAUGUGAUAUCUUCAAGUAACUUAGAACCAAAGCUUCUGCAUAUGCUUUCUGGGAGAAUAUCUUCUGACAGUGGAGUGCAUGAACUGAAUUUGGAAAGUGACCUAUCUAAAUCUGAAGGACAACAAACCUUAUUACCAGAUAACACAACAACCAUUUCCAAUUCGUUAGUGGAUGCUGUUAUAUCUUCACAUCACUCUGAUCUCACCUCUGCUAAAAUUAAUGUUCCAGCACCACUCCCACUAGAGAAUUCUGAUAACUCAAAUACUUCACAUGCUGAAGAGUCUCUGAUCCCAGCUAUUCUUGAUGCUGGUCUUCAUUCACGAAGUGCUGCUGUUGAUGAAAUUUUGAAGGAUACGAAGGACCUCAGUGAGAAGGGACCAUCUUUGGUGUGUCAUAAUGUGGAUACAAUAGAUGAUUUGGUUGAGACAGAAGAAAUUAGGGAUAGUUCUGUAAAUCCAGUUAAUGAAUUGCAUAUGCCUAAUUCUAAUAAUAAUCCCAUGCAAAACAAGAAUGAGUGCAAAGCUGCUGAAACUGAACUAAUGGAAGCUGUACAAAUCCAGACGCCAUCUCCUUCAGGGAGAAAAGGCCGCAAGAAGGCGUUGCACCGUCCUUUUUUAUUUCCUUUCAAGCGGUUGGUGAGGCAUAGAUAUCUUCACAGGAAGGCCAGCCUUAGGUUAGGUUAGUUUUGAUUUAUUAGCAAGUUCAAUUGUAAAAAGUAAUUUGUUGAGGAUGUUAUUUAUAAUUAGUGCAAUUUACUUUUGAAGCUAAAUCUGUAAAGAAAGGAUAGUAAGAACUCUGUAUGCCACCAUUUUGAUGCACAUAAAUAUGAGAACUUGUAUUUUAUUCCCCA